AUGCAAGAAUUAGACGUAACGUACACGCUUAUUGAAUUACCUAGACAGCACCUGACCUUCUGGUCUGUUCCCCCCUCAGCUGCCAAUGAUUGGAUUGUUGAACCCAAACAGCAACCGAAGUCUCAGAUCAAAUUUUCAAAUCCUCAAUCCCUGCCGAUUAACCAGUCUAGUAAUAGAUUACUGUGUGGAUUGCAACGCAUUAUGGUGCGAUCUAUAAACACACAUCAACGCACAAAACUUGGUAAAUUUCGCUUGGAGUAUAGGUUGUUCAAGAGCCUACUCAAACUGGUAGCAGCGUUGAGCUGUUUUACUCUUCUAUGGAUAAUCUUUCGUCAGUAUUGGACAAAGUAUGAGUUUCAUAUUAUCCAAGUCGCAAAGCGCGGAAUCAAAAGCCCUCUAGACGUUCGAUGGUUCCGUGUGUACCCAACGCGAAACGUUACUUUGAUCGAUCUAAGCACACUGGACUGGCCUCCGGCUCCAGUUGCCCGCAUUCCUGCAGGAGUCAGAAACCAAACCGAUACGAUUGCAACGCUGCCUGGUGCGUUUGAGCCAAUAAUGAGUAGGGUUCAACGCGAUCUAUCUGUGCAACUGCUCCGAAAGUUCGCAGACGUUAUGUUCGCCAACGGACUUGGUGAUCGCUUCAUGCUAUACGGAGGAACGCUUUUGGGAUCGUAUCGACACCACGACUUUAUCCCGUGGGAUGAUGAAUUAGAUGUCCUCGUGGAUGUCACAGUCAAACCGAAGGUUAGGGAGGAAUUAAGCAAGCUGGCUCCAGAAUAUCAGUUGUAUCAAGGCUGGCCGCGGGACAAGCUUUACACACGUCUCAUUAGUCAGGAAGAAGAAGCACUGGAUCUGCCAUUGAGUCGUCCCAUAGCGUCAUGGGGAUGGCCGUUCUUGGACAUAUCGUACUAUGAGAUCAAUGAGACACACGUUAAAGACACUGGGACUUCGUACAGUCGUUCUUAUGCAUGGCCUCUGCAAGUUGUGUUCCCUUUGUAUUUUCGUCCGUUUGGAACUGACUGGUAUCCGGCACCACGUAAUACCGCCGAAUUCAAUCGUCUAACUUACGCGCCUGGCCCAAUUUGUCAAAUUCCUGGUUACUCUCACGUGCUUGAAGUUACUGGGACAGCGGCGAGCAAACGGUGUCGGAAACUGGGUAAACGUUACGCUUUUGUGGAGCACAAACCAUGUGAUUCCAUAGAUUCGCAGACAAUCAACGGUAUGUUGUUAGGUGAAGAGCACUUGAUGAUACGCAUUUCGUGCGAUACCAAAAAGACAUUUCAUUCUUUGUGCCUUGCCGUGCCUCAAGAAAGCGUGCUACAGGGCGCUUAUGUGAUAUAA